GUGCAGCAGAAGUAGAAGCAAGUAGCCUGAGUGAAGAACAUGGCUCUUGAUAGAGUGCUAUUUGAUGUCUAAGUAAAUAACGUCGUGAUCUAUGAAAGAAAGUCAACAAAGCUCCUUCGACGAAUACAGCUAUUGUACUUUCAUAGAAGAUUUUACUGCCCCUUGCCCUUCCACGACCAGCAGUAAAAAAACUACGCUCCUACUUCGAAAUGGCGGUGCAAAAGAAAGGGAAAGGAGGUGGCAAGGCUGCUCCCUCUUGGAAACAGAAGCCUGGAAAGAAGCCUAAUCAUAGCAAGCCUUCGGGUAACAAAGGAGGAGGAAAAAACACGAGGUCAUCCUGGAACAACGGUGCCGGGUCCAGCACCAUGUGGUCAGAGGAGGGCAUCGAGACCGACCACUUCGAGAAGAAAACUGGUAAAGCAUCAUUUCUGCCAGAAAUUCAGAUCACGGAUGAACUGCUUGCGGAUUUCGGCGAAUGGACGCGAGUGCCAUGGCACGAACUGAAGGCGGAGAUGACGCAAAAACAGCAAGGGCUGUUCGACGCCGUGGCGGGUGCGAAGAAAAAGAAGCAAGGACGCAGCUUGCACGAACAUUUGGACGACUUGGAAACCGGUG